UGCCAACAUCUGAUACCUUACGUUCCAGCAUAGAGACAUAACCAGAAAUGGCGUCGACAUUGAGGUGUUUGCUGGUUGUGUUUGCCCUCGGGGCUGUCUGUUGUGCAAACAGGGGCAAAUUUACUUCUAUGUCAAAUUUGGAAAAGCUUUUUUACAUCGAAUCUGAAGUUAUAGCGCUCUCUGACGUAUUUCUUCGUGAGGAACAUUUCGCCCACCAAGGCGAGGACCCCCAUAACCUCGGAGGAAUGAAAAAAACCGUGGAGAAGAACAAGGUGAUUCACCGGAACAUCUCGAAUAUGAGCGAGUACCUGAGCCACCCAAUCAAUGUGUUCCAUCUGACGAGGCGCCUCUGCAGAGAGUGGAAGUCCACGCUACAGAUCAUAUGGACCGGAGAGCCGUGUCAGAAAUGGAAUAUCCCCCAGCUGAAGGCUAGAUUGGCCAAUAUCAACAACAAUAUGCCGACCAGAGACGACCUGAUGCGAGUUGCCCUUGGCAUCGCCCACAUCCAGUACACAGAGAACAUGACUUUUGAUGACAUCUACGCCGGGGUCAUCAGAGGCCGGAAGUCCCUGCAACCAGUGAUCAUUGAAGACCUCAUAGAUUUGGCCUGGGGGGCGUUCAGCGGGGGUCAGUUCCUGUUCACGACGAACGUUGUAGAGCGAGUCCUUAAAGAAUGCAAGAAAAACCCCGGGAGCGAGUACUGCAAUUCACCGAAGGCGUUCAAGAUAGCUGCAUCGUCAUACUAUGAGAUGAAUAAACUGGAAGAGGCAGUUCAAAUGAUAGACAAAGUUCUUUCAAUGGAUCCAGAAGACAAAGGUGCCCUAAGAAGCCGUCGGUUUUACGCAGGGAGGCUGAGGAGCAAGUCCAGGGGCAAGGAGGUCCUCUUCGGCGCCCGGAACGUCAAAUACUACGAGACUUGCAGGGGAGAGAGGAGGAAGAGCUCCGCCCAGAUGUCCCGCCUACACUGUGUCCUGCUCCCCACCCGUUACUUCCUGGUGUUUGAGAAGGCAGAGUACCAUCACAUGGAUCCACCCAUUGUGGAAUUCCACUCAACCAUACAGCCGCAGUUCCUCAAAGUAAUGAAGAGAAUUGCAACAAAAGCCUACCGCGAGAUGGCAACGAGGAACCUCUACCAGUCCCCGGACUUCACGUUUCGGCCGCUCCCUACGUAUGCAUAUAAACAGUAUGCUUCAAGAUUCAUGCACCUCAAGUCUCCGCUAACAUGGCCCUUUGUGGAGGGAAGCGUCGAGAUCCGACAGAUCAGCCUGGAAGGCAUGUAUUUCAGGCCUAAAGAUCGAGAAAACUUGCCGAAUCUUGGCUCCCACGUUGGGUCUUUCUUUACCUUUCUGGACGACGAAUACAACGGCGGGGAAUUUGUAUUUCCUAAAUACAAGCUAAAGAUAACUCCCAACAUUGGCAAUACUAUAUUCUUCUUCCCGACUAGAAGCACACUGAACAUCUGUCCCGUAUCUUAUGGAGUCCAAUGGCUUGCGGUUCAGUCACUAUUCGAGAAGAAAGUGAAGGGCUUGUGUCGCCUUUAUGACCAGAACAUGUGGGAUAAGGACGGCAAAUGGAAGUUGGCGUAUUAACUCGGACUGGCUUGGCUUCCUGACUUCAUCAUUGCAGAGGGUGUUGUUCACACCACGCAUCAGUCACCCUCGUACUCGACACAUUCAUUCUAAGCCCAUCCCAGUGUAAGAGUGGCUGAUCUUAUGCUGGUAUAUUCUUCACAUUGUGGGGAAGUGGACCAGGGUGCCGUUGUACAAAGCGAUCUUAGCGCUAAGGUGAUCGUAACUCCCAUAUCUUAACAUAGACUUACGACAGACGUAGCGCUAAGUUUGUUUUGUAUAACGGCACCCCUGUGUUUUAUAUGUACAUGUACCCUGUGACAAGAUGUGUGUGUGUGUGUGUGUGAGAGAGAGAGAGGGAGAGUGUUGCUGAUAGAAUUUAAAGUCAGUAGUCUCUUAACUCUUAACUUAAGUUCAACAGUUCAUUUUGUGUCCAUAUUAAUUGUCUUUAUGUCCUUCUGCAAUAAGAUAAAUAAGGACAAACUUGUGUUAAAAUUGACAUUGACACGCGUAGGCUUGGCAUAGGUUUCAACGCUACUCGGAGCCGUGAGUACUUAAUCAGGCAUAUCUACUUACUUACUUACUUACUUACUUAGUACUUAUCUCGACUCGUUUGUUUCUGUAUUAUCUAUGGCCAUGCUUAUCUCCUAGUCCAUUGAAAUAUUAGCUGACACAAAAAGUUAGUUUGACGGAGUAUCGUAUCAAGCUUCCGGUUCAUCCACUGUUUUCGGUGGUUUAUGAAGUGUCACAUCUGGACGCUUUGUCUUUGGACGAUCGACCAUUUGAUAUUCUUUUGGAGGGUGAGUGUGUUUGGCCGGGAGAGGAGGUGUGUGUGUGUGGGGGGGGGGGGGGGGGGGGGGCGUGAUGUCUCGGAUUUUGUAUUGAAACCAGAUAUUCUUUUUUAGCUACAACUGCAGAACUAGGUAUUUUUACAAUCACAACUAUGGGCAUUUCAACAAUGUUAUUUCUGUGGUAGACAAUCUUUUAAAAACGAUAUGUUUUUAAGAAUUUCAGUGACAAUUAAUUUUUUUCGAUAAGAUCCAAGGCCCCCCCAGAAUAUCGAAUGGUUGACCCCUAAUUGGUGUUUGCCGUAUGAAUAAAAACUGAUGAUUUGAAAUGUGCCUCCGUAGGAGCUUUGCGUCAUACGUAAAACUGAACCAAGGUUCAUGUGUUCUAGAUUAUGGAAACAAGAGCUGCGUGUUGUGUAUAAAUAUGAUAAAAUAAACCUUACUCAAACAUU